GUCGCUGGAGGGGGCCGGGCGAAGAGAGAAGGAGGGCUUGUGUGACGGCCGAGCGAGAGCCAUGGCGGAACCGGUGAGGAGACGGGGUCGAAGGCCCCGAGGCGGCGGUGUUGGCCGAGGGGCUCGGGGAGCCCGGGGCGGUCGGGGCCGGCGUCCUCGCGCCCAGCGGUCUCCAGCUCGGCGCACUCUGGACACCGUGCUUGUCGACUUGGUCAGCGACAGCGACGAGGACAUCCUGGAGGUGGCGACUGCGCGCGGUGCUGCGGACCCAGCUGAGGUCUCGUCCCCGGCUGAGGUCUCGCCUCCAGAGCCGCAGCCCAGGCCGGCCGCACCCCGGGCCGACAGCGACAGUGACAGUAACAGUGAAGGCGCCGACGCGCGGCCUGCGGGAGCCCAGCGGACCCUGGUCAGGCGGCGGCGGCGGCUGCUGCUGGAUCCGGGGGAGGCGCCGGUGGUUCCGGUGUACUCCGGGAAGGUGGAAAGCAGCCUCCACCUCAUCCCAGAUCAUGUGUCCCUCCUGAAACUCUGCCCUGCAGAGGCUGAGGAAGAGGCAGAUGUGACAGAUGCUAGCAGUCUUCACCCUGAGGAUCCCCCAUUUCCAGGCUCUCCCUGGAAGAAGAAGCUGAGGAGUAAGGAUGAGAAAGAAGAGAAGAAAAAGAAGGUGUUUGUGGCUCAGGACAACUCUCCUUUGCCCCCACCUCCACCAAGAACCAAGAGCAGAAAGCAUACUCGGGCACUCCAGAAAUUGAGGGAAGUGAACAAACGCCUCCAAGAAAUCCGAUCCUGCUUGAGCCCCAAGCAGCACCAGGGCCAAGGCCACCAGAGCCAAGAUGAUGAGGUGGUCCUAGUGGAGGGGCCCACCCUUCCAGAGAGCCCCCGGCUCUUCCCACUCAAAAUCCGGUGCCGGGCUGACCUGAUCAGAUUGCCUAUCAGAAUGUCGGAGCCCCUUCAGAGUGUGGUGGACCACAUGGCCACCCAUCUCAGGGUGUCCCCAAGCAGGAUUCUUUUGCUCUUUGGAGAGACAGAGCUGGCCCCUACGGCCACCCCCAGGACCCUAAAGCUUGGAGUGGCUGACAUCAUUGACUGUGUGGUGCUAGCAAGUUCUUCAGAGGCCACAGAGACAUCCCAACAGCUCCGUCUCAGGGUUCAGGGGAAGGAGAAGCAUCAGAUGCUGGAGAUCUCAUUGUCUCAAGAUUCUCCUCUCAAGACCCUCAUGUCGCACUAUGAGGAGGCCAUGGGACUCUCUGGACACAAGCUCUCUUUCUUCUUCGAUGGGACAAAGCUUUCAGGCAAGGAGCUGCCAGCUGAUCUGGGCAUGGAAUCCGGGGACCUCAUUGAGGUCUGGGGCUGAAACCCUAUUCCCUGUCUGGAGGCCCAGCCAGGACUUGGGGACAAUGUUUCUUGCUUUUUUUGCCCCAUAAGAGUUAUCAGAAGCUGAGGUAGAACUUGUCUUUUAGCUGAGGCAAAACCGAGGCGUGACCUUUGACUCCCAUCUCUUGUUGAUCCUGGUCUCAAGCCCUGAGCUGCUUGGUUAGUUGUGUAGUGGUUGUUGCUGCCCUGGGUGGCCUGUGGCUCCAUGGCAUGUCCUACUGAGUUUUGCAGCCCGUGGGACAUGGAGGAGUCUCCCCAGCCUCUCACUUUUAUAGCCCGUCUCUUCAUUGAAAUGUCCGUUCUGUGAACCGUUGCUCAUCUUCAAAGUUGAAAUAAAUGAGGGUGGGAUUAUGGGCUUCCAGGACUGGGACUUAGGUCACAUCAAGGACCAACAGUAGCCUUAUUGUCAUUGGGCGCUGGGAAUGCAGUUUGCUGGAGACGCCUCGUUGGUGGGAAGGAAACUAAAGGAGCAUGUGCGUCCGUGCUGCGGCUUAAGCCCUGGCAGACAAGUGGAACGCUCUCAGAGUGAAGGUCGUGGAGUCUCAGCCAUGGUGUCUCCUCUCCCCAGGACCCUUUAGAGCCACCUUUCUGGUACACACAUCCUGGUGCCCACAUUUAAGGCAUAACUGAACAGUCAGCCGUUUUGCUUUGGAUCUUGGGAUUCUCUGGUUUUGUGGCGUGUUCGCCUUUCUUCACGCCACCUCUCCCAUUGGCACGCUGUUUGUUGAUUAUGUAUCUUUGAAUGUCAUUGUGUCCUUAUAAGAUACAGUGUGUUAGGAGUGAAUAUGCUUUUGCUCUACCUAUGAGCUGUUGUGCAAUAAUUUCACUGUUUUCACUCAAUAUGUAUGAGGAUGUAGCCUCUGCUCAGUCUAGAUCUGCCACAUGGAACCCACGGUGGCAUCAACUGCAUCUUAUUCACACGUUGCCUUACAUGGUGGACACCUGGGUGCCCGUCAAGUCCUUGGCACCACUUUCCAGGCCACGAUAAACAUCCUUUUUGGUGUCCCUUCUUUGCUCGUGUGAACUUCUCUAGCAUACAAACCCAGGAGAGGAUUACGGGUUACACAGGUUACUUUCUCUGGCUUUCCAGAUUUUUCAUUAGAAUGGGGGUUGACUCCCUCUUGAGGCUUCCUUCCUCCUAUCCUCACCAGCACUUGGUACUGCCCAACUUUCUGAUUUUUGCCAGUCUGGUGGGUCCAAGGGCACUGUGUUUAAUGUCCUCCCAUUGGAUCACCAUUGAUUUGGGGAUCCUGUCGUAUGUCUGUCAGCCUUUCUGGUUGCUCUUUCUAUGAAUUGCUCCUUUUCCCACAGGGCUUCCUUUUUGUGUGCUGUGUUUGUUUGUUCUGAGGAGCUGCUCAUAUAUUUCUGGGCAAUUGCAAAUAACUCAGAAUGGCACUUUUUGAAUCUAGGAGAUCUUUCACCAAACAGACAUUCUUAAUUUUAAGGUAGACAAGUUAUUUUGUUUUGAAGUUUGUUGCUUUUUGAUUUAUUUAAAAUUAGUUAAGAUAUUGUCAUUGUCUUCUGUUAACUCAUUUGCUUUUCCUUUCAUGUUGAAGCCACUGAGUUCAGCUUGUUUCAGCUAGGACACCGUGGCACAGUGUACUGACUGGCAACUGUCCUGAGUGGUCAAACGCUGGUUCUUACUGGUUAGUGCCAGGCUGUACUGGUUGGUAAAGAUUGAACAUCACCUUUAAACUAUUUGAUAUGUUGCUUUGUGAGACCAAGUUUUUUUUUUUAUCAUAUAAUGAGCCAUUUUUCUCAGUUUUGUCUACUAAAAAAGCCAUUAAUCUUUCACCGACAUUUGUUGUAAUUUUUUCAAAAGUAUGUUAGCUCCUUAAAAAUGUUUUUGUUGGAAUGCGGCAUUCCUUUGAAUUUUAUGACAUGUAAAUAAUCCGUGAUAUGGUAUAGCUCUCCAUCUUUUUAGCAGAACUUUUGUAUCCACUAAUAAGUUUGAACACAUUAAAAUUAUGUAUUCAAUCUCAACAGAAUAAAUGGGAGUACAUUCAACUGUC